AUGACUGUAUCGGAUUCUUCUAUCCCUUCAAAUUGGGACUUCACUCUAGUGCAUGACCUACUGCGGUCGCCUAUUGAUGGCUGCACUGCGAGACCUAGUCGUCACAAUGAAUCUACAAUCUCCUCGCUCAAUGAACGACAAGCCAAAGAUGAUCCCCGAUACACCACUAAUGGCGGUCUCGUGGAACUAAUAUCUCGGCGGAGUAACCCGAAGCUUGGUGACUUUGGUUGUCUUUGGGAGCUUUUUAACGGGACCCCAGCUCCUGCGAGCGUCACCCCAACCGUAGGGGCCACAAAGACCACCAAGUCUGAGCAGAACAAAGCUCAGUCAUCACUUGAAGAACAAUUUUCUAGCUCAGUGGAAAGACUCGCCAAAAAGGUCACGUUCUCUGGCCUCUUUGGCAUCGAGUCAUCUGUUCACGUUUCAUCUAAUAGCUUUUGUAUCAUCAAUGAGCCAAAUCCUCGGGUCCCCGAGGACACUGCCACUGGCUAUACCUCCUAUUCUUCCCACUUAAAAUUGCAAGCGACAGGUAUUACUUCUGAUUUUGGGGGUCAAUCAUUUACUAUCCUGAAGCGGUCCUCUGCUCAGGGGCCUUCUGGAGCGAGUGCCAAUGUGAAAUUUGGUAUUCCACGAACACCCCCGGAGGUGAUUACUAGAACCAGAGUCGGUGGUCCAGGCGAUACUCCGACGGCAAAAUCAAAAUUAAAGUCCCCGUCUCGUGGAAAAGGUUUCCGAAGGAACACGCGCAACUAUCCAAUUACCUCUGAAGAAAGCGCUGGACUGGACUCGGACACAAGCGUUGUAUUUGAUCAUCCGAUUUCUGAGAAAUCUGUGGCCAUUCAAUUGGUCCCAUCUCAAGUCGGCACGCCUGAUGGGAAGAGUCGCCGUUGCGAUACCCCACCGUCAUCAUUCGAGGAUAAUGAUUGGAUUCUGAAUGCCGACACCUUACAAGGAAUUUCUUCUGGAGGUACUCGUGUGCGGUCUACCCUGCAUAAAUCUGCUGCUGAGCGAAGAGUCACAUUGAUGAGCCGACUCCUCGGCCAUUUUCCUGACUACGCUCAAGUCGUGUCUCAAAUGGGACUGACUUUGGACCGUCGUCCCAGCGAGGGCAUUGGCUCACGUCCUAUUCAUGUCUUUGUUGACUUAUCAAACAUCAUGGUCGGAUUUCACGAUUUGGUGAAAACCUCGCGAAAUAUCCCACUUUCAACCCGGAUUCGUCGUGUCCAUAUGUCCUUCGCCAAUCUCGCAUUGAUCAUGGAACGCGGCCGCCAGACCGCCAAGAGAGUCUUAGUUGGCUCGGAUCGUCUUCCCUCAGUCGAUGAAGCUGAGAAACUCGGCUAUGAAGCGAGUAUUCUUGAACGUGUUCACAAAGUGAAGACCGUCACACCCCGUCGCAAUAACAAGUCCUGGAGAAACCAUGGUUUCAGCUCGCAGGGUGCAUCGAGCGGUCCUGAAACGGUCGCUAUCUCUGGAGAGCGAUGGGUCGAGCAGGGUGUGGACGAAAUUCUACACCUGAAGAUCUUGGAGAGCAUAUUGGAUACGGAACACCCGGCGACAAUUGUUUUGGCAACAGGGGAUGCAGCAGUAGCUGAGUUUUCCGGCGGUUUCAUGAAGAUGGUCGAGCGCGGGCUGCAGCGUGAUUGGAACAUUGAGCUUGUCAGCUUUUCGCAGGGCACAAGCUACGCAUACCGAAAGAAGGAGUUCCGGACUCGGUGGGGAGACCAGUUCAAGCUGGUUGAGCUGGACCGUUACCUGGAGGAACUUUUUGAGUAA